AGCAGCUGAGAGAAAUCAGAAAUCUGGCAGCACAAUAUUGCUUUUAAUUUUUACGUUGACAAGAUUUUCCUUUCUUAAUUCCGCUUCGAAUAUUUCUUUACUGUAAACGUGUUUCUGAUUGUUUUACUGGUAACCUGAUUCCUCUGAGAAAUGUCUGGUACCCGCGUCGCCCACGAGCACCGCAUGGCCGUCCGUCACGCGGAGCUGAAGCGCAAGGUCGAGCAGCGUCGAAUGACUCGCGACAAGACGGCCGAACUGGACUCCGUCGUGAAGGCACGCCAGGCGAAGGAGGUGGAGGAAGCCCUGGAAAAGAUUCGCACGGAUGUCUACAACUGCGGAGUCCUGGGAUGUCGCCGGUGCCGUCCGCCGAAGCAGGUGGCCCGCAUGAGCACCAAACCCUCGGCCAAGGCCCCGCGCAGCGCCAGUCCGGCGCCUGUCUUGGAAGUGUUGACUCACAAAAUGGAGAAGGACGUCGUGUGGAUGUGGUGCAAGCCAGCCACGGCCAAAGCCCACCCCGACUACCGCCGUCAGUGCCAGGUGCCGGCCCCACUGCGUGAAGCCUACGUGCAGAAACUACAGAAACUCCAGCGCAUCCCCACGGAGGCCGAAGGCUGGACGGUGGAGGACGAGUCGAACUUACGCGCGGCCAUCCACCCGCACAUGAGCGCCAAGCAGAUCCGUCAAAACCGCGAACUACAACAGUUCCAGGACACGGCCCAGUGGGACGCCGACACCAAGAACGGGAAGGUGGCCGGCAAGAAGCGCAAGGCGCCCAAGGACGACAACAAGACGGGCCCGGCGCUGAACGAAAACGGCAACCAGUACUAUGAAAUCGAGAGCAUUCUGGGCGCGGUGAUGAACCAGGGCAAGAAGUACUACCUGGUCAAGUGGGUCGGCUGGACGCCGGAGAACAACUCCUGGGAGGAGGAGACCGCCUUCGCCGGCAGCAACCACCUGCAGGAGGAGUUCUUCCAGAAAUACGGGAAAGUGACUUGGCGCAAUCCGCGCGUGAUGAGCCCCGAGGGGGAGGCGCACGAGGCGUGGCUGGUGAAGCUGGAGAAGACGGAAUACGCGGACAGCAAGCAGGGCGCGGCCAAAGCGGGGGAGGCGGAGCCGGCGUCGGAGAGCAGUCAGAGCGGGGAGGAGCCGUCCUCGGGCAGCCAGACCAGCCAGGGCAGCCAGGAGGGAGAGGAGGAGGCCGCGUCGUCGCCGGUGCGCCCCCACCAGGGCCCGCUGAAGCGCGACGGCGAGGGCGAGGAGCUGUACGAGGUGGAGCGCAUCGUGGGGGCGCUGCUGCAGAGCGGGCCCGGCCGCAAUAACAAGAUGUGGGUGCUGAUCAAGUGGCGCGGCUGGGAGCUGGCCGAGUGCACCUGGCAGAAGGCCACGACGCUCAAGGAGGCCGCGUGGGCCCUCAACAACUUCUACGCCGACUACGGGAAGCCGACGCAGAUGAGUCCGAAGAUCCUGGCGCCGGAAGGCCGCCACUUCGAGGACAUGCAGGCCGCCGCGGGCGCGGCGCAGCGCGCCAAGACCGGCGGCCAGGUGGGCCGUCCGCGUAAGCGCACCAAACAGGACUGAGCGGCGCGCCGGGGAGGAAUAGUGGCUGUUGCAGUGGCGCACCGGAAUGGUUGGAUCUGUUGGUUGGUUUCUUGCACAGGCGGCGAUAUUCUCGUUUCUUGCCCUUCCUAUUCCUAACCUUAUGGACAGAGUAUUUUUGUAUGUUUUUUGUGUAAUAAUUCCCUGUUCCUAAUCAGACAAUUUCCGCGCGGGGCCCAGGUUAUUUCGAUUUUGUAGGAUAUUUUUGAUGUGUUGGUUGAGGCCUUCCGUUAGUCCGUUCACUUGUCAGACCGAGACCAGUGACGAUAAUUUGAUACUACUCUCUUUUUCCUCAGGCACACCGACAGCGGCGCAGUGCGAUGGUUCAGCCGCGAUUUGAUUAGUUUUUGGAGUUGUUUUUGUUAGUUUGUGCAGCAAUUAAUAAAACACUGUAA